AUGGUGGGGCAGUAUGAGUACGACUGCCCACCCAAAGCAGGCCCUGAAAGGCAGUUUCUAGCAAGGACAGCCUGGCUGCCAUCUCCCAGCUGCCCACUCUGCCUGGGGAAGGCUGGGGCCAGUGACCACAGUCCCCAGUCCCCUGACCUCACCGCUGGCCCAGGCUCCAAUCAGGAGGCUGAGAUAAGCAGAAAGACCGAUGGCCACCUGGGGCCCAGGGUGAGUGAACCUUGCUCCACACCCAUCACAGCAGCUGCUGUCCUUGACCACACCAUGGAGAGCCUGCUGCGACUCAGCCUGCUCUACAUUGCCCUGGCCAGCCUCCUGCUGCCUGGAAGAGGCGUGUUCAUUAACCGGGAACGUGCCAACAAUAUCCUGGUAAGGACUCGGAGGGCAAACUCACUUUUUGAAGAAAUGAAGAAAGGAAACCUAGAAAGAGAGUGUCUGGAAGAAACUUGCUCUUAUGAAGAGGCCAGAGAAGUUUUUGAGGACAAUGAGAAGACGAAUGAAUUCUGGAACAAAUACAAAGAUGGAGACCAGUGUGAAAACAAUCCUUGCCAGAAUGAAGGCAUGUGCCGAGAUGGCCUCGGGGAGUACACAUGCACCUGCCUGGAGGGAUACGAAGGCAAAAACUGUGAAUUCUUUUCUAGGAAACUCUGCAGCCUGGACAAUGGGGGCUGUGAACAAUUCUGCCUCGAAGAGCAGAACUCAGUGGUAUGCUCCUGUGCCAGGAGUUACACCCUGAGUGACGAUGGCAAGUCCUGCAUCCCCACAGAGCUCUUCCCCUGUGGGAAAACCACUAUGGGACGCAGGAAGAGGUCCGUGACCAAGGCCACCAACAGCAGUGAGGCUGUCCCUGAAGACUUCAUGUUAGACUGGGAUGUCCUGUCUCCAACUGUGAGCCCUUCUGACCUGCUCAACCACAACCAGACAGACUCCAAUGAGAAAAAUAGAAACGUUGUACGGGUUGUGGGCGGUCGGGACUGCGAAGAUGGGGAGUGUCCGUGGCAGGCUCUGCUCAUCAAUGAAGAGAAUGAAGGAUUCUGUGGGGGUACCAUCCUGAAUGAGUUCUAUAUCCUCACAGCAGCUCACUGUCUCCACCAAGCCAAGCGAUUCAAGGUGAGGGUAGGGGAUCGGAACACGGAAAAGGAGGAAGGCAACGAGAUGGUACAUGAGGUAGAUGUGGUCAUAAAACACAACAAGUUUGUGAGAGAGACCUAUGACUUUGACAUCGCAGUGCUCAAGCUGAAAACACCGAUCACGUUCCGCAUGAACGUGGCCCCUGCCUGCCUGCCCCAGAAGGACUGGGCCGAAGCUACACUGAUGACACAGAAGACAGGCAUUGUGAGUGGGUUUGGGCGCACACAUGAGAAGGGCCGGGCAUCCAGCACCCUCAAGAUGCUGCAGGUGCCUUAUGUGGACCGCAACACCUGUAAGCUCUCCAGCAGCUUCACCAUCACCCAGAACAUGUUCUGUGCGGGUUAUGACACCAAGAUGGAGGAUGCCUGCCAAGGGGACAGUGGUGGCCCGCACGUCACCAGGUUUAAAGACACUUUCUUUGUGACUGGUAUUGUCAGCUGGGGAGAAGGGUGUGCAAGGAAAGGGAAGUACGGGGUGUACACCAAGGUCACGGCCUUCCUCAAGUGGAUUGAGAGGUCCAUGAGAGCCAGGGGGCUGCCCACAGCUGAGACCCCACGGUCAGCAAAUCCUCCACAUUAAAGCAAUUGCUCUCCAGACCCGCUGGGUCACA